AUGAUGAAGGGCAAAAAUGGAGCUAACUUAAAGUUAAAGAAGAGGAUAUGCAGUGGAAAACUUGGGAGGUUUCUAAAAGAGCAGAGAGGAAGGCUAUACAUUGUGAGAAGAUGUGUAGUUAUGCUACUUUGUUGGCAUGAUUAAUUGCACACCUAUAAUUGUAAAUAGCAAG